AGCGGGCGUCGCCGCGGGAGGCCUCUGUCAAGGCAGCGGGGGGCGGCCCCUGGGGGGGAGCGGGGCCGGGCCGGGCGCCUCAGGGCCGCUGCGUUCGCUUCUCUUGCAGGGGGAGCCGGGCCGGGGGCCGGGGCAGCCGGGCGGCGGCGAUGGCCAAGGUGCUCUGUAACAGAGCAAGAUUGGUCACCUACCUACCGGGGUUUUAUUCCUUAGUCAAAAGAGUUGUAAACCCCAAGGCUUUUUCUACAGCAGGUUCCUCUGGCUCAGAUGAGCCUCAUGUUGCUGCUACACCUCCUGAUUUAUGUCCAAGAACUGUAUGGCCAGAUGAAGUAAUGGGUCCGUUUGGUCCUCAAGACCAGAGAUUCCAGUUGCCUGGUAACAUUGGGUUUGACUGUCACCUAAAUGGUACUGCUUCACAGAAGAAAAGCCAAAUUCCAAAACCUCUGCCCGAUAUAUUAGCAGAGCCUUCACCAAGUGAAAGGCAUGAAUUUGUAAUGGCACAAUACAUAAAUGAAUUUCAGGGUGCUGAUGUUCCACAGAAGCAGCAAAUAAAUAAUGCUGAAACAUACUUUGAAAACGCAAAGGUAGAAUGUGCAGUACAAGCUUGUCCUGAACUGUUACAAAAAGACUUCGAGUUAAUGUUUCCAGAAGUGAAUGCCAGCCGUUUAACGGUGUUAACAGUUACCCAGAAGACUAAAAAUGAUAUGACUGCAUGGAGCCAAGAAGUAGAAGAUGAGAGAGAAAUGCUGUUAGAAAACUUCAUUAAUGGUGCCAAGGAAAUUUGCUAUGCAAUCUGUUCUGAAGGCUAUUGGGCCGACUUCAUUGAUCCAUCUUCAGGACUGGCUUUUUUUGGACCUUACACAAACAACACACUGUUUGAAACAGAUGAACGCUACCGCCACUUCGGAUUCUCCGUUGAUGAUCUUGGCUGCUGCAAAGUUAUUCGUCAUAACAUCUGGGGUACUCAUGUCGUUGUAGGAAGCAUCUUCACCAACGCUGAACCUGACAGCCCUAUCAUGAGGAAACUAAGUGGAAACUAGGAACUGUCAGGGUUUCACUCGUCUUCAUACUUGAUGAUUCUGUACAAGCAUUGUCAGGAAUACCACAAUCUGAAGUAUUCCUAGAUAAUAAAGUAUGUUAUUUAUUUUAGUCUUGUGAGUAUUUGCUCACCACAUGUGACUUAGAAUAUUAUUUGACAACAUUUUAUGAGAUACCUGUAUGUGACAGAUGAAUUUUAAGCUGUGAGUUUUCUUUAUCCUCAAUGUAUUUAAACUCACUUGAAUGCAUACGUAGCUAUCUGCAUAGCCUCUUUUAGUAUUACCCACUGUUCUGCCUUUUGAUACCUGACAAAUCUGGGUUCUUUGCAUUAAAGAACCCUGAUACCACUGAAUUUCCUGGGAAUUUCACCACUUACUGCAAUAAAUGGCAAAAGUUGUACAAGUUAUACUUCAGGAGGGAAGUGUUCACGUGGUUGCUACAUCCUGAGACUGUAAAAAGUCUUAAAUUACUCUAGAAUCAGUCAUCUCAAUGUUUGUUGUCUUCAUGUUGCUUGGGCUUUUAUUUUCUCAGUGUUAUAUAUGUAAAUGUAAUUUAGAGUUACUUUUGUAACUUUUAUAGGUCAUUAAAUACAUUGAUAUGGAAAAAAGAUAAUAGGG